UUCACUUCCGGGAAGAUGGCCGCUCCCAAGUCGGGUGUGGCACGUGCUUCCACGGAGAGGACUGUAUGCUGACCGCUUACGGAUGGUGCCACACUGCCUGGUGAGAACCUGAGGAUAGUCCCUGCCAUGAGUGUCACCCCAGAGGUCAAGAGUCGUGGGAUGAAGUUUGCUGAAAAGCAGCUGCUGAAGCACGGAUGGACUCAAGGCAAGGGCCUGGGCCGGAGAGAAAAUGGCAUUACCCAGGCCCUCAGGGUGACACUGAAGCAAGAUACCCAUGGGGUGGGACACGACCCUGCCAAGGAAUUUACAGACCACUGGUGGAGUGAUCUCUUCAACAAGACUGCUGCCAGCCUGGUAGUGGACUCAGGGAAGGAUGGAGUGCAGAUAAGGCGCCUUUCCAAGGAGACGGCCCAGCGCAGCCACCCCAAGCCCAGCUUGGUGUAUCAGAAAUUUGUGAAGACUGCCACACUAACCUCAGGUGAAGAGAAGCCUGACAGAGACUUGGAGAGCUACAGUGAUGUUGACACCCAUGAGCCCAUGCCCCCGAAGAUACUGACUGAUGAGAUGCUACUCAAAGCUUGUGAGGGGCGAACAGCGCACAAGGCUGCCCGGCUUGGAAUCACCAUGAAGGCCAAGCUUGCUCGCCUAGAGGCCCAAGAGCAGGCCUUUCUGGCUCGGCUCAAAGGCUCAAAGGACGUGGGCACCUCUCAUCCACUGACUGACAGCGAGCCUCCCCAAAAAAAGAAAAAGAAGAGGAAACAGAAAGAGGAAGAAGAGUCUGCAACAACUGAAAGGAGUCUAGGUGAGGAGCUCCUGGAGCACACCGACAAGAGCGUCAGGAAAAGCAGGAAGAAGAAAAAGAGGCAGAAAGAUGAGAGAGAGCGAACAGCUCUAGGAAGUGAGGAGGAAGAGGCUGCAGGAGAGAGUGGGCCCGGAGAACUGAGCACAGACCAACCUGAUCGGUCUUCCAGGAAAAAGAAGAAGAGGAGAAGGCAACGCCAUGAAGAAGAGGGGGAGAUGGGAGUCUGUGAAGGAGGCAGAGAUGUGACAGGCAGAGCAGAUAAAGAUCCCAGGAGAAACAGCAAGAAACGACAGACGUGUGGGGGGGACUUGGAUACCCAAGAGGAAGAAAGAAAGGAUGACUUAACAAAAGGAGAGAGAAAGGUCAGAAGAAAAGACAAAAAGAAAAGACAGCAGUGCUGUGAGGAGGUCUUGGAUGUAAGCAAUGAUGAUGAUGGCAGGACUUGGGAAGCAGAGGAUGAAGGUGAGAAAAAUCAGCCACACCCAAAGGAGAGAGCCAAAAAGAAGCGAAAGAGGGAUUGAGGGUCUAGGCGGAUCUCAGCUGACUCCUUUUCAGGGGUAGCCUGGUUUGGGGCAGGGUUUCUGCACACUCCUGCAAGCAGCCCUGGAGCCAAGAGCCAAAGCAUUCUAUGCUGGCUGAGGGGGUGGGUGUGCCCCCCCCCCCAUGAAACCUGCCCAAAAGUAUAAACCUGGUGCCCAGUAGCUCACCAGCUAAAGGAUGGUGGGAAGAGGAAUCACGAUGGGCGAAUAUUUGGAACUCUUCUAAAAAUCUGAAAAUGUAGACUUACAUGAAAUGCCUUUGUUUUGUUUUUGAGACAGGGUUUCUCUAAUAUAGCUCUGGCUUUCCUAGAACUCACAGAAAUCCAUGUGCCUCUGCCUCAUGAGUGCUUAGAUCAGAGGCAUGCACUAUCACACCCUGCAAAAUGCUUUCAUUUUAAAUACCGUGAAGGUUAAGAAAAACAUACAUUUAUAUGUAUGGGUUGGGUUACCCUCCCUGACUGCCUGUUUCUAAUCAUGGUUAAAUGAGAGCUCCGGCCCCAAGCUCAUAGGUCAUUCCCAGCUGACAGCACCUUUCCCAGCAUGAGAAGGUCUGAACACAAAGGAGGUGGCACUUGGAGACUUGAAGAAAUUCUGUUAACCUCUGGGGGUCUUGCUACAAUGCUAAGCUGAAUUAGUUUAGAGGUGUUAACUACCUCCCCGUGUAUUAAAAAUAAAUAAUCAUUCCUGGGUGAAAGAUCACAA